AAAUGGUACAGAAAAAGGUUUGUUUACAUCAAGGCGACGUUGCGACGAGGAGUCCCUCACGGGGUUUACGCUGAUUAUUCAACUGAAAAUUGCGGAGCGGAGUUGCGCGAUGCUGUGAAUCUCUAUCAGCCGCCAAAGGUUGAUCAUGACAAAGGCACGUUGUUCGGUAAGGCAAAUCAUUAAAGGCCAUAACCCAUGCAACCGGUCAAUAGACGCCACUGAAAGCGCCUUUUCCACAACCGCAUAAUGGCCGUAAAUUACAACACCCUCCACCACGCCUCCGCAUUGAUAACGCGACUCUUUUUCACUCCGACACUCACUGAGCGCACGUACCGCAGUUUCUACGUCGUCUGCCGUCUUGCCACGAGGUCACAUCGCGCUUGUCGCUUGACGCUUGUCUCGUCGUGCAACUAUUAGUCUUGGCACACGCACCGGAUCAGCACAAUUAGAGGGGUAAAAUUAGGGAGUAAAAAUCAACACAGAGGAAGAGAAGAUAUGUCGAGGAAAGGGCAGACUAUACUGGUGACGGGUGGUGCUGGGUACAUUGGCGCAUUCACAGUUUUGGAACUACUUAAUGCCGACUUCGAGGUGGUGGUUAUUGACAAUCUUACUAAUGCUUACCAAGCAUCGGAUAAAAAGAAACCAGAAUGUCUUCUGAGGGUGGAAGAACUGACGCAGAAGCACGUAGCAUUUCAUUCUGUAGACAUAACAAACAGAAAGGAAUUGACUAGCAUAUUUCAACAGUAUAAAUUUGACAAUGUGAUACACUUUGCCGCUUUGAAGGCCGUUGGCGAGUCUGUUGCAAAGCCGCUUGAGUAUUAUAGAGUCAAUGUUAGCGGUACUAUAGUAUUACUCGAGGUAAUGCGAGAACACGGAGUCUAUCGAAUGAUUUAUUCAAGCAGUGCCACUGUUUAUGGUCUUCCUGAUAAACUACCAUUGACCGAAGACAUGAAAACUGGGGAUUGCACCAAUCCGUAUGGAAAGUCCAAGUUUAUGGUGGAGGAAAUACUGAAGGACUUAUGCUUUUCGGACAAGGCUUGGUCCAUCACAUCCCUGAGAUAUUUUAACCCUGUGGGAGCUCAUCCAUCUGGAAAUAUUGGAGAGGAUCCAAACGGCAUACCGAACAACUUGAUGCCCUAUAUCGCUCAAGUUGCGGUUGGAAAAAGGGAAAAGCUCUCAGUUUAUGGAAGUGAUUACGAUACCCCUGACGGAACUGGGGUUCGCGAUUACAUUCAUGUAAUUGAUCUGGCAGUCGGCCACUUACAGGCGAUUUCCCAUCAGCAUCCUUCCGGCUUCCAGGUUUAUAAUCUCGGUACUGGUAGAGGGUAUUCUGUUCUAGAAGUAAUCAAAGCGUUCAAAGAUGCUUCUGGCAAAGAUAUACCCUAUGAUAUUGUAGAUCGUAGACCAGGCGACAUUGCGACAAGUUAUGCUGAUGCAAGCCGUGCCAAUACAGAACUGGACUGGCAUGCAACAAGGAAUAUCGAUGACAUGUGUAAGGACACGUGGAGAUGGCAGCAGAAAAACCCGAAUGGAUACAAGAAUGUGUCGUCCCCAUUGUGCCCAGGCGCCUGUUCUAUAAAAUCUAAAUGAGCAAACUAAAUCUAUACACUGAUAAUUCUACCCAGACAAUGAUCACGCCACGUUAUCUGAAAUCGAAAAUUGGAUUGGAUCUGUCUUUACACUAGUUACAUAUCUCUGUGUGCCAGUGAAUUGGUUUGGAUUUCGAAUUUGUUUAUAACCAAUAGGGCAUAGACAAGAGUACUAAAAAGUUUGAUCUGUCGUACUAAAAUGUAGCUUAAAAUUACCAAAUACUAGACAGUAAUCAUUUGUAUGAAUAAGUCAUU